CUUGGUGGUGCUGGUGGGGAACAAAUGGUCAGUCGGGGUCGGUUGUCGCGUCGAACAAGUCGGUUUCAGUUGCUCUAGCAGACUCUUCACUCGGGCAGACUUUGCACUAAAGAUCAAGGCGUUAAUUUACGAAAAAUUGAUAUCCAAGUUCGUUCCUACAUUUUAAUAGGUUUUGAUAAACGGAUAAAUGUUGAUAAGAGAAUUGGAUAACAUUUAUUUAUUUUUAGCGUUAUUUAAGAGAUAGAUUUAUUCUGAACACGAAUUAGUCAAUGAUUUACCAGAUCAAACUCUAUCCAGUAGGAAAUAACUUGAUCAUCUAUGCUACUCUUGCUGCAUAAACUAAACUGCAAACAUUGUGCAUAUUUACUUCUAGAUUAAAUUCCCCAAGAUUAAUUACAUAAUUUGACAGAGCAACUUUCUUGCCUUGCUGUAAUAACUCUGCAACUCUGACAAAUUAAUCAAUAGUGGUGGCAACUUGAUUUGUACAUCAAAGCUGACAUGCUAAUCGCACCUCACACAUCGUUUCUCCUUUGGUGUCAAACACAUAAUUUCCCAGUCGGAACACGGGUGUCAGAGUUUUAAGUGACACCGUCAUCAACCCGCUUCCUCGACGCACCGCUUCCACAGUGGAGAAAUAACAAGGUGCUUGUCCAAUCGACAUGACGAAAGAAAUUUCAUCCAGUACUGCGACUCACAAUGAAAGGCUCCUGGUUGCAGUUCGCAUUCGUCCCAUGGAACAUCUUUCGGAAGCGAACAGAGUUAUUGCCGCAUUGAGUGAAAAGACGCUGGUCUUCACGGAGGGACCCAACUACUCGGGUCCGGAUAAGAACCUGAGCGACCCUGAGAGUGGCGUCUACGGAAGCGGUGGUGCUGGUAGUUUAGGCAAGAGCGUGUAUUCCACCUCCUUCGGGCAACUCCCAUUGCCCCAUCCACCACCCACUUCCAGACAAAAUAGGUCAAAUCCGGUGACCCAGAAUAAUGGCAACGGAUUUCCGACGGAAGGGCGAGUGUAUGAUUUUGACCACGUGUUCAAUGAGCAUUCCAGCCAAGAGGAAGUGUACCGCAAUACGACCGCCCCCUUGGUCAGGUCCGUUUUUGAGGGGUUCUGUGCCACGGUUUUUGCAUAUGGGGCCACCUCAAGUGGCAAGACGUACACGAUGGUGGGGACGCAGAACGAUCCAGGAAUCAUGAAGAGGGCCAUCGACGACAUCUUUCUAAUAUGCUCCGAUCCAGACAGAGAAACAAAGGCUGAGGUGUAUCUUUCCUACCUCGAGAUAUACAAUGAGAAAAUUCGGGAUCUGCUGCGUCCUGGGGUAAACUUAGAAUUAAGGGAGGAUAUGGAGCAAGUACACGUUUCUGGGUUAUCGGAAAUUCGUGCAACUUCCACAAAUGAGGUGAUCAAUUUGCUGCAUAAAGGCAACCGUGCGAGAACAAUGGAGCCAACCGCUGCCAACGUGGCUUCAUCUCGCAGUCAUGCCAUCCUUCUUAUCACUAUUCGCCAGUUUAAUCAAGACGACAGCGAGGUCACGGAUGGAAAAUUGUAUCUCAUCGACUUGGCUGGGAGUGAAAGGGCGUCAGCGACGAAGAAUUCUGGACUGAGGCUCAGAGAAGGUGGACACAUAAAUCGAUCACUGCUCGCCUUGGGGAAUUGUAUAACUGCGCUGGCAGCCGGGGAUGACAAAUACAUAAACUACAGAGACUCCAAACUUACACGUCUUCUCAAAGCUGCCUUGGGAGGUCCUUCAAAAACAGUGAUGAUAGCUCACGUCUCACCCUCCAUCCACCAAAGGGAGGAGACCAGAAACACCCUCCUUUACGGACAACGGGCACGCGCAAUUUCCAAUAGGGUCCGAAAAUUUAUUUACCCCGGACAAAGUUCUGAGACUGGCUACAUCAUCGAAGAGCUUCGCAACGAAGUGCGUCGACUUCAGAACAAGUUGUUGGAGGAGAGAAGUUCGUCCCCAUCAACUUUCUCCUCCAGCAUUAAUCAUCACUUCCCGACAAAGUCCACCCCACUUCCGUCCCACCCAUCGCCCCCUCUGCCCCCGUCAUCCAAUGCCUUUUACCACGAGGGCUACCUGGACAAACAUGAGAAGCACGAACUCGCAGCCAUAAAACAGACCAUUUCCGCACUUUUCGAUAAUGAGUUCAAACUCAGAAACGAUCUCCUGAAACUGGACGGAGCAAUGUUGCAGUCCGCAUUGGAUUGCGAGAUUCUUCGUCUGAUGGUCUUAGAUUGGGAAAACGUGAAAAACGUCCACAAGGAAAUUGACAACAGGGAUGAUGAGGAGAUUGACUCUGAAAGGUCUGAAAUCCACACUGUAAUGAACGAACUGAAGCAAGUGCGACAAGAGCAGGACAAGUUGCUUCGCAUGAGGACGGAAGUUGAGCAGGAUUUGAGAGCUGUUCGAAGCAAAAUUGCCCAGUUUGAGGAAGAAGCAUCUCAAUAUUUGCCGGAAGUGCAGCGAGAAAUUCUGAGUUUGCUUUGCAGACUGCAACAGGAUCAAUUAAACAAGAUGAGUAUAGAAAUUGAGGCGGAGUUGAAACGUCGUGGCACUCUUUUACUUCGGUGCUUGAGACAGAAGGCUCUGGGCGAGGCAAUAAUUCAUCGGCAACGACACUUUAUCAGUGCAAUAUCUGGCAGUCUUCCGAGAACGUUGGAAACUCCAUCUGAGCGCUUCCUGCCCCCGUUGGCGUCAUCUUCAGGGAGCAGUAAACCUGGUUCUGGUGACAGGGGCGUGAUCAUGGCAGCCAUGGGAGACCAGAACCUGUCCAGAAAUCAUCACCUGCCUCCCCUUAAUUCCAACCAGUCUCCUGGAAUCGUCCCCAAAACGACAAAGUAUUCUGACUUCCGUCAGCAGCGACUAAUCCAGCGACAACUAUUGUCAAGUAGCGAGGAGGACAUUGACGAGAGGGAGAGAUAUCGGUCCCCGAGGAAAAUAAAACCAAAAUCUCCUUAUCCGUCGUAUUAAGUUGUCUUUGAUAAUAAAUAAUGACAUAAUUGAAGCCGAAUUUCCCGAUUAAGAACGUCCUCUUUUAUAGUUCGCUGUCGUCGUGUCGUAGUGGACAUAGGUUGACAGGCACAUUGAUGAAGAGACGAACAAAUGCAGAUAACACGCACUCAAUAUUUAUUAUUCAAUAUCGAUAAAUCGAUCAUUAUCGUCAGCAAUCAUCCCGAGCAGCUGCGCAUUUUAUCAUUAUUAUUAGAAUUUAUUGUUGGCGAUUAUGUAGCGAGACUGUCCAUUAUUCAGUAAAGUACUUAUUUUUCCUUUCAAGUUUCAAACCAUUUCAAGUUUAAAUUAU